GGGAGUCGUAGGAAUCACAGAGACGACACAAGUCAUUGAACGAUUAAAACUUGCCAAGAGCGACUUUUUGGUUUUGUUUUGAAAAACAACAAAUAAACGUAAAGAUGCUUUGGAGUGGUGCAGUCUUGAUGACUUAAGCAAGCUAAGUAACGUUAAAGGACUCUGGCUGGCUAGCAACCUUUUAUCAUUCGAGAGGAAUGAGCUAGCUGGUUCGGUAUCAGUCACACCCAUAGCUAUCUUCUUAGCCAGGUAUCUUGUUGGGGCAUUAGGAACAUUUAAGUUUUUAAAGCUCGUAACGCUUUAAUCGCCACUGUUGUGCGAUUCGAGGACACACUGUUUCAACUAACUUGCUAUCUAGCCAAUGCUGAGAGCACAUAGCGCAAUGCUUUAUGUAGCCGCUAGCUAGCUGGCUAACUAACGCUGGAUAUGAAUGACUCAUGUCACCGACUACUUUGGUUAGAAUUGGGUAGCUAGCUGCGCUUGUGGGGGUUUUCGUGAAAAUACCGGUUGCGUUUACAAGUGAUAUUUCGCAACAUGAGUCUGCCGAUGUAUACAUUCGUCACCCGUGAUGAAAAUAGUAGCGUUUAUGCUGAAGUUUCCAAAAUCCUUCUCUCAACCGGUCACUGGAAGAGACUAAAAAGAGAUAAUCCCAGAUUCAACUUGAUGUUAGGAGAAAGGAACAGAUUGCCAUUUGGACGGUUAGGACACGAGCCAGGACUGGUGCAGCUGGUAAACUAUUACAGAGGUGCUGACAAGUUGUGCCGUAAAGCAUCUUUAGUCAAGUUAAUCAAGACCAGUCCAGAGCUGUCCGAUUCUUGCAAUUGGUUCCCAGAAUCAUAUAUCAUCUACCCAACAAACCUCAACACCCCUGUGGCACCGGCCAAGAAUGGCAUCAGUCAUAUGAAGAGCAACCCCAAGACCGAUGAACGGGAAGUGUUUCUGGCCUCCUAUCAUACAAAGAAGGACAAUGGAGAAGGCUCAGUUUGGAUUGCUAAAUCUUCUGCUGGAGCCAAAGGUGCUGGGAUUUUAAUAUCUUCUGAUGCUAAUCAACUGCUGGAGUACAUAGAUAAUCAAGGCCAGGUCCAUGUCAUUCAGAAGUACCUGGAGAAGCCACUUCUGCUAGAACCGGGUCAUCGCAAAUUUGACAUCAGGAGCUGGGUGCUUGUGGAUCAUCAGUACAACAUCUACCUAUACAAAGAGGGGGUGCUGAGGACCUCCUCAGAGCCCUACAACAGCUCAGAUUUUCAGGACAAGACCAGCCACCUGACCAACCACUGCAUCCAGAAGGAGCACUCCCAGAACUAUGGCAGAUACGAGGAAGGCAACGAGAUGUUCUUUGAUGAGUUUCGCCAGUACCUGCAGAGCUCCCACAAUGUUGCCCUGGAGACAGCCAUCUUACCUCAGAUCAAACAGAUCAUAAGAAGCUGCUUGGUCUGCAUUGAACCAGCGAUUAGCACAAAGCACCUGUCGUACCAGAGCUUCCAGCUCUUUGGCUUUGACUUCAUGGUGGACGAGAAUCUAAAGGUCUGGCUCAUCGAAAUUAACGGAGCGCCCGCCUGUGCUCAGAAACUUUAUCCAGAGCUGUGUCAGGGCAUUGUGGAUGUGGCGAUAUCCAGCGUCUUCACCUUGAACAACGACUCCUCUUCAUCCUCUGUCUCCUCCUCGUGUUCCUCCCCCAAACCAAGAGCGGCCUAUCAGCAGGGUCCGUUCAUCAAACUGUAAGCACAGGAUGUUCCCCCACCUCUUUAGAGCUCCAGCUUCCAUGCCGCUGCCCACCUCACACUCCGCCCGGACCGCCACCCCCCCGCCCCCCACCAAUUGCCCCAGAGAUCCCUCUGCUUAUCAUAUGACACAGUGGAGUGGUGAGCAAGGAUGGGUGGGUGUCCUUGUGGCGCAGACGUGUGACAUGGAGGGCAAACCGGGGGACCCCUAAAAUUAGAAGUGACCUCAUAAAUUUCCCCCCCUUCUCAAUGAUUGGCUGAAUUUGUUGUGUUCUACUCAGCUGCACCUCUGGUGUUCCAAAGCCCUGGGAAUUCUGGGAGGUUGUUUGCAUGAGGGUAAGGAUUGUUUGAAGAAUAUUCUGAGCUGCGAGACUUUGUGAAAGUGUGGGAGGAGCAUGUGAGAGGGUUGGAUGGAUGGGGGUGGGGUUUCUUUCCAACACCACCCCCAUUUCUGCAAAGAAAAGAUGCACAUCACUGCCGAGGAUUUUCCUGAGGAAUAUGGACAGCAAGUGGGGCAGAAAGAUGGAGGAGAUGUAUCCGUGUAUCAUUCAGUACCUGUGACUUUAGUGCCUUACAUUUCCUCACCUCCGUCCCCUAAAAAUAGAACACCUGUCCAUCAUUUUACAAUAUCAUCCUGAUGUGUGGCGUGUUAGCCUGAGUGCUGCUAAGUGGGGUUGUACUUCUGUGUGUCUUGCCUUCAAUGAGUGCCUCCAGUUUCUCUGGAGACUGAAGGAAAGGUGUUUGGCUGACACCCCAAACACAAACUUAAUUUCAGUAUUUAUGUGUGUAACUCAGUGGUAGGGGUUUGACUCCUGUGGAGAGGAACAUAAACCCAGACCAGUAAGUCUAGUGCACUGAUGUUUUUCUACUAAAUGCGUUACAUUACAGUAAGCCUAUAUAUCUGAUGCACACUUUGUGUGUACCCAGGUCUUUAGCUGAAACCUACAUUACCCUCUUGGAUGAUGUUUCACUCUUAAGUCUCAAAACUUACAAAUGAGUUGGAAAAUAAAAACCAAAUUUCAGUCAAGAAUUUCACAAAUCAAAAACAGGGACUUCUGUGAACACCCAGAGUUAAAUGCUAAACUGACCAGUGAAAUAGAAACUAAGCC